CAUUCACAUGCGCUUGUUUUGGACCGUCAAUUUGCGAGCCAAACGUGGCUUAACAAAAAAUUGGCAAUAUCCACAGAUAACCUUCUAAACCUCCACAUUUGAUCGAUUCAAUUAAGUCCGUUAACAUAUCGUGUUGAUAAGUAAUCUGACAGUUAACGUACAGCGCUGGUCAAGCAUGUUCGCUGAGGAGGAUGAGUGGAACGAUGACCCAGAAGCCAAAGCUCUGACCAAGACGGUCAUCAGCAGUUUCAAACUGUCUGACAGCACCAAUAUCACGACAAAAUGUGUUGGGAAGAAGAGUUUGUUAUGGAUCCUCCAAACACUGGGGUCAGUACCAAACUGGAGCAAGAGCAAUGGUGCCCCUCGGGAAACAGGCAGUGACAGCGAAACAGAGGCCAUACUGACACCACACACCAAGAGGAAGAAGAAAAGAAGCAAAAGAGGACGCAAGAAAGUAGCUGCUUCAGGAGAAGAGACCGAUAAGGACAGUGGAGAUUUGUGUGCUGAGGAGACUGCAGUGCCUGUAGCUAAAAAGCCAAUAAAAGCAAAGAAACCAAUAAACGCAGGGUUCAAAAAGGUAAAGAAUACAGAGUCCAUUAUGGGUGGUAGUAAACAAGGAAAAGCUGCAACAGAUGCUGAGAUUGAGAGAUUAAAACGAAAGCAAUGGAAAAACAAGAUGAAGAAAUGUAAAAACAAAUAAAAAAUGGAGAGAAUACCACCCCCCCAAAAAACACAAAAGCAGAGACCACUGUGCAAAGGGAUACAGAAGAUGGCCCAAAAACAGCUUCUGGUGUGAACAGGGAAACAGUGGUUGUACAGACACAACGCCAUACAAAGAGCAGAAAGGGGGUGAGCGUGAAACACAGAAAAGGAAAAAGGUCCCAGAGGGAAAAGAGACGACUUUCAAUGAGAUUGCUUCCACUCCAGGCACAGUAACAGUCCAAAACAAUAACAACUUGUCAGAGAAAAAGACAAAGGGGAGCAUUCAAGAAAAAGCAGUUCCACUAGGUAAAGAGUUAAAGACAGAGGAGAAACCUCAGCAGGUGGUUAGGAAGGAGCAGCAUGUGGAGCCGCCCGGCAGUAAGAGGAGGAAACGGGACGAGAGCAAAGGGCAGGACCAGCGGAGAGAAAAGCUCAGGAGAAUGCUCCAUGGCCAGAGCCCGGAAAAAGAAAGGGCAACCUGCAGAGCAGGAGGAGGAGACACGCACCACAGAGGAGGUGAAAGAGGCUCCUGCAGAGCAGGAGGAGGAGACACGCACCACAGAGGAGGUGAAAGAGGCUCCUGCAGAGCAGGAGGAGGAGACACGCACCACAGAGGAGGUGAAAGAGGCUCCUGCAGAGCAGGAGGAGGAGACACGCACCACAGAGGAGGUGAAAGAGGCUCCUGCAGACCAGGAGGAGGAGACACGCACCACAGAGGAGGUGAAAGAGGCUCCUGCAGAGCAGGAGGAGGAGACACGCACCACAGAGGAGGUGAAAGAGGCUCCUGCAGAGCAGGAGGAGAGACACGCACCACAGAGAGGUGAAAGAGGCUCCUGCAGAGCAGGAGGAGGAGACACGCACCACAGAGGAGGUGAAAGAGGCUCCUGCAGACCGCUCGACUGUUCUGAGGUCCCGCAUGGAGCAGCGUUUGGAGUCAGCGCAGUUCCGCUAAUUAACGAGGUUCUGUACACCACGUCUAUGGGGAGGCAAAACGCAUGUUCAAACAGGACCCCCAGGCUUUAG